GGCUGUAACAGAGCUGCUCUCGCACGCAGAAGGACAAAACGUACGGGUGCAGUUGGAUCCCAGAGCAAGCCCGUGUCAGGAAGGAAUAUGGAGCUGAAAACAGUCGAGAACGUUUGUUUCGCCGUUGCAGGCGCAGUCGAAAGGCGACGCUCCGACGCGAAUGGCCCUGAAAACCUCGCACCGGCUGUCCGGCGGGGGUGCGCUUUCGGCGGAACCCAGACACGGUCCCCCAGCGGCAGAGGUGCGUGCAGCAGUUCAUCCAAGUUUCUCGCGCGCUAUAAGAACGCUACUCAGCACCUGGCCGCGUCCGGACUCAAAGUCUCUGCCAUUUCCAAGGCGGGCGUGGGGAUCAUUAAAACCGUCACGGCGCAGUGGAGACACCAAGACAAGAAAGCCAGGGUUGUGCGCUCCUCCAGUGCUGGUAACCGGUACCCGUCCUCGGACCGUUUGCUCUGUAAGAGACCGCCGCUCGAUCCGCUGGCGGCUCUGGUGCUGCACGGCCAAACGGGCUCCAACUCCCUGGAGCACGAACCCCUCCAGGAGAAGCUGAGCUCCACCAAGCCGCGGAACUGCCGGCGCAUUGUGGUGCUGGGCGCGCCGAGAGUGGGGAAGACUUCCAUCCUGCGGCGGUUCCUGCGCGACGGCUUCACGGAGCAGUACGAGCCCACCUCCGAGGAUUUCCACAGGAAGCUAUACCAGAUCCGAGGGGAGACCUACCAGAUAGACAUCUUGGACGCCUCCGGGGAAAGAGGGUUCCCUGCCAAGCGCAGACUGUCCAUCCUGACCGGUGACAUCUUCUUACUGGUGCUCAGCGUGGAUGACAGAAGCUCAUUUGACGAGGUCUGCGCGCUUCGUAAAGAGAUCGUGGAUGCGAAGACCAAACUGCUAAAACCCAAAGAGAACGCACGCGUCCCCAUUGUAAUCUGUGCCAACAAAGUGGACUUGGGUCCGGAGCAAAGAGCCAUCAGCCUUUCGGAGAUUUGCCAAGCGCUUGGGGACGACUGCGCCCUUUUCGAAACAUCCGCUAAAGACAGCACCAACCUGGAGGUGAUGUUCGAAGCCCUGGCAAAAAGCGGCGGGCUCCCCACAGAGACCUUACCAUCUCAGCACCGGAAAAUCUCCAUCCGCUCUUACCAGGCGCUGCGCUCGGCCCGACGGGGCGGAAGAGGGGCCCGAGCGCGCGUUCCCGAUACUCCCUGCGGCGCGCUGUACCCUCUCGCGCGCCGACCCAGCCUCAGCGCCGAUCUUCAGCAAGUUCUCGGGUCCAGCACCUCCAGAAAAAGGACCAAACACGUCGAGAAGUGCCAGAUCCAGUGAAAGAGAAAUGGAAAAUGCAUU